AUGUCCAAUGCUAUUAACGUCUCCCAAAGACAGGAUAAUCCAUAUAUUAUUCCAUUACCCCCUUCGUCUACUGUGGAGACUUCUUCUGAACCUCCAAGAACAUUAUGGAUGGGUGAUCUAGAUCCGUCUUUUGAUGAAGCGACUAUCGAGGAGAUUUGGUCAAAGUUGAACAAAAAAGUUAUUGUUAAACUAAUAAGAGCCAAGAAGAAUUUAUUGAUUCCUUGCAGUUCCACUUCAAGUAACAACAACAAUACGAGCGAGGAGAAUGGUGAAAACCAACAAUUUACAUCAAAUAGCACUGAACAGCUAGAUAAUUCUCAAAUGAUCAAUAUCAAUGGAAUCUCCUUUAUUGACCCUUCAACUACUCAACUACAUCAUGCUGGAUACUGCUUUGUCGAGUUUGAAACGCAAACGGAUGCUCAAUUUGCUCUGUCAUUAAAUGCUACUCCUUUGCCUAAUUUUUAUUCUCCAACAACAAACUCUCAAACGAAUCCAACAUUCAAAAGGACCUUCAGAUUGAACUGGGCGUCAGGUGCUACUUUGCAAAGUUCUAUACCAUCUACUCCAGAAUUCUCUUUAUUUGUUGGCGACCUCUCCCCAACAGCUACUGAAGCUGAUUUAUUAUCUCUUUUUCAAACAAGAUUCAAAUCGGUAAAAACGGUUCGUGUAAUGACAGAUCCUUUGACAGGAUCAUCUCGCUGCUUUGGAUUUGUCAGAUUCGGAAAUGAAGACGAACGUCGUAGGGCUUUAAUUGAGAUGAGCGGGAAAUGGUUUCAAGGAAGGGCUUUAAGAGUCGCUUAUGCCACACCAAGAAAUAAUAUGAUGUUGCAGCUACAAGAACAGCAGCAACAGCAGCAACAAUUGCAUCAAAAUCAGCAGCAACAAGACCAAGAGGACAGCCAUGACCCACUGUUGAUUAAGACUGCCAAUACCAUUAUUCAGAGCAAUAGUAAUAUGCUUCCUCUGAAUGCUCUACAGAACGUACAUUCAGUCCAUUUGAAUGAGAGCAGUAAUUCAAAUAUGCGUCAAAAUGAGUCCUUACCUUCAAACACCUUUAAUACUGAUCCAACUAAUACUACUGUAUUUGUUGGCGGUCUAGGACCAAAAACUACUGAGUUUCAAUUGCGCUCAUUAUUCAAACCGUUUGGGCCUAUUUUAAAUGUCAGAAUCCCAAAUGGUAAAAACUGUGGGUUUGUUAAAUUUGAGAAAAGAAUCGAUGCCGAAGCCUCAAUUCAAGGCCUGCAAGGCUUCAUUGUUGGUGGCAGUCCGAUAAGAUUAUCCUGGGGGCGUCCCUCCAGUUCAAGUGCUAAAGCAGCUCCGAACAUUAUGGGGCCAGGCCAAUAUUUGCCAUCGAACGGAGUGAGAGCACCAUCUGCAGCUUCUACUGUCGAUAAUUCCAAACAAAUCCUUGAACAAUAUGUGGAGGAUAAGAGGCGACUCUUUCUACAACAGCAGCAACAGCAGCAGGAUGGUAACUAUUCUGUGGAGCAUCUGGCACACAACAAUUACUUCAAUUACAACAAUUACGAGGGUCACGGUAACAAGAAUGGCAACCAUGUCGGUAUAGUAAAUCCGCAAAGAUCUAAUGUCCCAUAUAUACAAGAGGACAGUGCGCUGUAUCCACACCAAUAUUCAAGCCCAUCAUAUUCACUUCGUCCUAUGGGUAGCCAACUCUCUAAUGCUAAUAAUAACGUAUCGCAAUUUGGGAACGCAAUGACAAUGCCUAUGCACCCAUUCAAUGGCAACAACAAUAAAGUGGCUACAAACAUGAAUAUGAACUCAAACAUGAAUAUGAACUCAAACAUGAAUAUGAACUCAAACAUGAAUAUGAACUCAAACAUGAACAUGAACAUGAAUUCUAACAUGAAUAUGAACUCAAAUCCAACAGCAUAUGGAAUGGGAAACAGUACAAAUAUGUAUGGCUUGUCCAAGAUGAUGGCUCCUUCUUUAAAUUUAUCUUCAAAUAUCAAUAACACGAGAUCGAACACUAUCAACAAGCAUCCUAACAGGAACAACAUUCCGCCAAUUCACCCAUCUCUUCUCCAUUGA